AUGUCUUCACAGUCUCCAAUUCUCAGACUACCAUCUGAACUACUGCGCGAGAUCAACGAUCACUUGCUGUCGAUCAAAGAUUUGCUCAGGCCCCGCUUAGUGUGCCGCGCACUCGGCGAAGCAGCUCUCAAGACACAGGCUAUGCGAUUUGAUAGUAUAUACAUCGACAUCUCUCGCGAUUCCUUACAACGAUUCGAGGAUGUCUGCGCCAGUCCACCACAUGCUGCUGGCAUCAAACAUAUCAUAUACAUACCGCCCUUGAUGGACAUUGAUGCCACAAACGAAGACCACUUGGCGCCUAUGUUACAGUCUCAAUCCGGGCGCAAAUGUCCGAUUCCAUCCUUUCUUGAAGGUGUGCUGGAAGACAUCAGAGUACAGCAAAUUGAACAGCAGGACCUUCUGUCAUCGAGCGAGAUCGAAUCGCGUCUUCUCCAAUGUCUGCCGCUUCUUCCAGCGCUGCAACAGCUAUACUCAUCGCCCAAGCCAUGGGGAUCAAGAUGGGAUCAUGAUUCCCUCCUCGAGAACACGUACAGCAAGCGCCGUUCAUGGAGCAAUCACCGGGGUGAGAGCUCCCUUGAGGGGCAUAAGGAUAUGACCAUGGGUGAGGUACUGUCGGAGCAGACGCUUAGGUGCGCACGCUUCAGUCUAUCCGUCAUGGAUCGACCUCGACUGUUCGCCGAGCCCAUACUCCUCCUGAAGGCGCUCGCGGCGGCCGCGUCUACUGGCAGACUGAGUGGCCUACACCUCGCUCUGUGGAUGCCCAUAUCAUUUCUAGGGUCGGCAUGCACUUCAUAUCUAUCGAUUCAUCCCAUCAUCGCGCGAGAUGUUUUCAGCUGGGUGACCAGCAUGAGUCUGGAAGUACAGCCCGAUCGAGAGCUGGACGCCAUCAUGCGUUCCGACGAGCCAGACCGAGAUUCCGCAGACACCACAGCCUGGGUACAGCUUUUGCGGAGACUCGAACGACUCAAGGAGCUGAUUGUGCACUGCUUCGAAUACGAAUCCCGUACUGAAGACCUUGUCGGGUUCCUGCAUCGACAUGCCAAGACGCUGAAAAAGUUGUCCAUUCAUCGCGCGAGUGGUAUACCUCCUGAGGACGGUGUGCCGAAGGUUGAGUCUUUACGAGGAUUGCUCGACACCAUUCGUACUGAACUCACCGACAUCGAGAAGUUGUCGAUCGUCGAAGUGUUGUGUACACGGGAGCUGAUUAGAGAGCGUGACUUGACGUCUGAUGAAGAGAAUCACGAUCCGGUGCCUUUCGAGGCCAAUCGCCUCGAGGCGUCGACUUCCGAUCUAGGAGAACUGGCGCAGGAACAGGGCGCUAUCGCCGGGGAGUUCAUUCUGACAGAGCAGAGCGAUGAUCAGGUGCCUGUCCAGCUGGCGAGGAGGAAUUUCUGUGGAUACGGUCAGGCACCUGAGACCACGACGGGAUGGAGAACGAUCCUUAGACUUCGUCUACGAAUUUGGACCAGCGAUUAUGAAAGCCCAGAAAGCCGUGGCAUGUCGGGAGCGACGACAAUAACUUGGUGUGAGGCUAUGAGAAGAAAAAAGCUUUCGCAUAGCAGACACAGCUUUGAUGUCCUAGUUGGCUUCUAG